AUGAUCAGCCCGAACCAAACAGACAUCCAAACUCUACCUGCCGUAAUAAAAGCUGAUGGAAUGGUAUUCAUUUCAGAACUGCCAAUGGGUUUGGAGGAAGAACCUUCGGCUGAUGAAGAUGAUGAGAAGAAGAUCACCACCAGCACUCCACCCUCAUCAAAUAAAAAGGAUUCUAAGAAAGCCACUCACACCACUGUCAAGAAAGAAGUAAAACAUGUUGAGAAGACAGACAGUCUAAACGCUGAUGAAGACGAAGCUAGAAUAGAGAAGGAAUUGGCUGAAAUAUACAAGGAUACCGCAGAUUACAAAAGCGAUAGUUCUGAGGAGAAAGAUGUAGCUUCAGAAACGUCUGUGGAACAGCAUACUGAAGAACCUACCACUACCAAUAAACCUGAUAGCCGAGAGGAAACUGACAAUACUGAUAAACCUGUAGUCAGGCAGAAUUACCGGAAAGCCAACAACUUGAAGUUUGAACCGGACUCGACUCGCAAGUCGGAUGUGGAGAGGUUCCGGACAUCCGUGGACGAUAUCAAUUGUAAUGUCAGACAGAAAUUAGUUGGCAAUCCGCCAACGGAUGGAGCAUUUGACACGUUCAACCACGGAAUUUCAAUAAUAAUAACUACCUUAUGCUUUGUUUUUAUAUGUAUUUAGUUAGCUUAUAUAUUUUCAGAGAUAAAAUAUAUCGAUUCACUUACUAAAUUAUAUAACUCUUUAACUUUUUGACUAG